AUGAAAUUUCUAGAAGAGAACACAGGGGAAAAGCUCCUGGAUAUUUGCCUUGGCAGUGAGGUUUUUGAAAUGACACCAUGGAGCUGGCAGAUGAUGUGGCAGUUAACACCAGUUGAAUUUUCAGAAGCUGAAUACCCGCGAAUUGAAUAUCACAGAAGACAGCAAUUUUGGGACCCUAUACGGCUAGCUCUUUUCACAUUGGCAAUUGCAGCAAUCAUAGGAAUUGCUAUUGGCAUUGUUACUCAUUUUGUUGUUGAAGAUGAUAAAUCAUUCUAUUACCUUGCCUCCUUUAAAGUCUCAAAUAUCAAAUACAAAGAAAAUUAUGCAGUGAGAUCCUCAAGAGAGUUUACAGAAAGGAGUCAUCAGAUUGAGAGAAUGAUGUCUAAGAUAUUUCGACGUCCUUCUGGAGGGGGUCGAUUUGUCAAAUCUCAUGUUAUCAAAAUAAGUCCAGACGAAAAAGGUGUGAAUGUUCUUAUGGUGCUUAUGUUCCGAUACCCAUCUACUGACAGUGCUGAACGAAUCAAAAAAAAAAUUGAAAGAAUUUUAUAUCAAAGUCUGAAGAUCAAACAGUUGCCUUUGACUAUAUACAAAUCAUCAUUUAGUCUCACACCUAUUAACAGCAAAAAGAUGAGGGAUCUUCUUAACAAUCGCUGUGGCAUAAGGAUGACAUCUUCAAACAUGCCAUUACCAGCAUCCUCUUCCAUGGAAAGAAUUGUCAAUGGAAGGGAAACAGCUAUGGAAGGGGAGUGGCCAUGGCAGGCCAGCCUCCAGCUCAUAGGGUCAGGCCAUCAGUGUGGAGCCAGCCUCAUCAGUAACACGUGGCUGCUCACAGCAGCUCACUGCUUCAGAAAAAAUAAAAACUCAAGCCAAUGGAUUGCUACUUUUGGUACAACUAUAACACCACCUGCAGUGCGGCGAAGAGUAGGGAAAAUUAUCCUUCAUGAGGAGUACCAUAAGAUCACAAAUGAGAACGACAUUGCUUUGGCACAGCUCACUACCAGAGUUGAGUUUUCAAAUAUAGUCCAGAGAGUGUGCCUCCCAGAUUCGUAUAUAAAGUUGCCACCUAAAACAAGUGUAUUUGUCACAGGAUUUGGCUCCAUUGUAGAUGAUGGACCUACACAAAAUAAACUUCGCCAAGCCAGGGUGGAAACCAUAAGCACCGAUGUUUGUAAUAGGAAGGAUGUGUAUGAUGGUCUGAUAACUCCAGGAAUGUUAUGUGCUGGAUUCAUGGAAGGAAAAAUAGAUGCAUGUAAGGGUGAUUCUGGUGGACCACUGGUUUAUGAUAAUCAUGACAUUUGGUACAUUGUUGGUAUAGUAAGCUGGGGACAAUCAUGUGCUCUUCCCAAAAAACCUGGGGUGUACACAAGAGUGGCUACGUAUCGAGACUGGAUUGCCUCAAAGACCGGUAUCUAG